AUGUCAUCUGAGGUUUUGAAGGCAACCGCGUCAACAGAGAAGUCGGGAGAUAAGAAACGCGGGAUCGGAUGGUUUGUGGCAGCGCUGUUCAUUUUGGCUGAUCUGGUCGGUGGUGGUGUAGUGGCAAUGCCGGCUGCUUUCGUGCAAACAGGGCUUGUCUGUGGUCUACUGUUUAUGAUAAUAAUUUGCGCGGUAUUUGCGGUGACCGGAUAUCUGCUCGCUGAUACGUGGGAAAUUAUGCGUGACCGAUGGCCCGAGUACCGCGUGCAUUGCCGCAAGCCAUACCCAGAAAUGGGACUUCGAAGUAUGGGGAAAAAAAUGGAGAUCGCAACUAAAUUGCUCGUUUAUUCGUCUCUGUUCGGUACCACAGUGGUGUUCCUACUUCUCUCGUCCAAAAUUUUUCAAAAUUUCCUCGCCAAUUUCGAUGUGAGCAUUCACUUCUGCAUACUCCUUAUCAUUGUUGCUGGAUCUGUAUUACCAUCAACGUUUCUCAAAUCUCCUGCUGAUUACUGGCAAGCAGUUGCAGUAGCAGUGCUAUGCACUGUUGCUGCAAUUGUCAUGAUAUUUGUUGGCAUAAGCUUGGAUUUUACAACAUGCUACAAAGCAGCCGACUAUCCGCCUGUAACUGCCGAAGCCAUUCUCGGUCUUGGCAUCUUUCUGUUUGCAUUCAACGGUCAUCAAGUUUUCCCAACUGUGCAAAACGAUAUGCGGAAUCCAGCCGAUUUCAGGAAAUCAGUUAUUAUCGGCUUCAUACGUAAGUUCUACAAAAUUCAAAUGAAAAUGAAAAAAAAAGAAGUGCAUUGCGCAGUGACAAAAUCUUGUCUACUUCUGCAAGCGCAAAGCGUGAGAGUUAGUAAAAUGAAAAAAUAA